ACUAUCAAAACCAGGAAGUUCAUGACAAACAGACUUCUUCAGCAUAAACAGAUGGUAAUAGAUGUCCUUCAUCCUGGAAAGGCCACAGUGCCCAAGACUGAAAUUCAAGAAAAACUGGCCAACAUGUACAAAACAACUCUAGAUGUCAUUUUUGUCUUUGAAUUCAGGACCCAUUUUGGUGGUGGCAAACCAACAGGCUUUGGUAUGAUUUAUGAUUCCCUUGACUAUGCAAAGAAAAUUAAACCAAAGCACAGACUCGCAAGGCAUGACCUAUAUGACAAGAAAAAGACAUCAAUAAAGCAGCAAAAAGAACACAAGAACAGAAUGAAGCAAGUCAGGGGUACUGCAAAGGCAAAUGUCGGUGCUGGCAAAAAGAAGGCAUAA